UUGCGGGAAUGUUUGAUCUCGCUGGGUGCUGAAUGAGUUGUUAGUCAUGAAGUGGACAGAGCGGUCUCGCGAAACCGAGUGGGGGGGAAAAAGGAGUUUUUGAAACCUUACAUUUAACUGCACCCUGUCUAGAAAAUGUAGGAGGAGGAACGGGGCGGUUCCGUAUUUCACAAACUUGUACACAAAAAAACUUUGAAACGUGUAUGAAAUUGAUAUUUAAAGGGAAAACAGGGCGGCCGAUUGCUGUGUCGGGCCGGUUCCCGGGUGGCAGUGGAAAAGUUUGCUCGUUUUGUGUUGACUGCGUGCCCCUUGUCUAGUGUUUUGAGAGGCAGACCACCCACAGCGUGAGCUAGGAUCGUCUCUCAGCCCGGCGCCAUUGCACACCACCGCUGCUUUGUGCAACGCAGGAUUUUGGGAGGGGGAAGCGGGAGAGCAAACAAGAGGGAGAGGGGGGAAAAAGCCUCAUAGAAGACAUGAACAAAUCUGGAAACAUAUAAAUGAAUGGAGUGCGUGCAGAAGGUGAGACCUGACAUUAAUGAAAAUUUUACUUAGCGAGGGAUGAAGAGGAAAAAGUGAAAGCAGCGAAGUUCCUUUGAGUUGAGGAGACAAAGGGAGCUGUAUUCAAGCAUGCCAUCACCUCACUGUUCCACAGUUUCACAAUGAACUAUAAUACCAGUGCCAACAGGAGUGUGGGACACAGCACUUCACAGGAGGAUGGUGGAGCCAUAAUUGCAGAAUCAGUUGCCAUCAUUGUCAUUGCUGUGUUGAUCUGUCUGGGAAACCUGGUGAUUGUUGUAACUCUUUACAAGAAAUCUUACCUCUUGACACCAAGCAAUAAGUUUGUCUUCAGUCUGACGCUUUCCAAUUUUCUGUUAUCUAUUCUGGUGCUUCCUUUUGUUAUUGCAAGCUCCAUCAAGAGAGAAUGGAUCUUUGGGGUGGUUUGGUGCAACUUCACAGCCCUGCUGUACAUGCUUAUCAGCUCAGCCAGUAUGAUGACCCUUGGAGUCAUUGCAAUAGAUCGGUACUAUGCUGUUGUUUAUCCGAUGGUAUAUCCUAUGAAAAUAACUGGGAAUCGUGCUGUUGUUGUGAUUGCUUAUGUGUGGCUGCACUCACUGAUUGGAUGUCUUCCUCCUCUCUUUGGCUGGUCCACAUUUGAGUUUGACCAUUUCAAGUGGAUCUGCUUGGCUGCAUGGGACAAAGAACUAGGAUAUACUGCCUUUUGGCAGAUUUGGUGUGCACUGUUGCCGUUUCUGGCAAUGGUCAUUUGCUAUGGCUUUAUAUUCCGUGUGGCCAGGCUUAAAGCCCGUAAAAUCCACUGUGGAACGAUUAUAGUUGUGCAGGAAGAAUCCAAAAAGGACGAGAGAAAAAAUUCCAACUCUUCUACCUCUUCAUCAGGGAGCAGAAGGAACACUGUCAAUAACAUUGUUUAUUCAGCCAAUCAGUGCAAAGCCUUGACAACUAUCCUGAUUGUGAUUGGUGCUUUUGUUGUCACAUGGGGCCCCUAUAUGGUCGUGAUUAGUACUGAAGCACUUCAUGGAAGAGGCACUGUCUCUCCAGGAGUGGAGACACUUGUAAUAUGGUUAUCUUUUACUAGUGCAAUUUGUCAUCCAGUUAUCUAUGGACUAUGGAAUAAAACGGUACGCAGAGAGCUGCUGGGGAUGUGCUUUGGUGACAGAUACUACAGGGAUUCAUUUAUUCAACGUCAGAGGACUUCCAGAUUAUUCAGCAUCUCCAAUCGCAUCACAGAUUUGGGGCUGUCUCCACACCUCGCAGCCAUGAUGGCUGGUGGGCAGUCUCUAGGACAGAGCAGUAGUACUGGGGAUACAGGAUUCAGCUUUUCUCAGGAUUCAGGUACUGACGUCAUGCUUUUGGAAGAUUUCAAUUCAGAUGGAACUCAUUAUUUGCACCACAACUAUUCCAAUCGAAGACGGAGUUCUGUGACAAUAGAUGAAAUUGCAGAACCGAAAGAGGAACCUGAUCGGUCUUCAGUGCUGCAAAUCAAAGCAGAUGUUCAUAAAACGCUGGAUAAUUUUGCUGCCAGUUUGGCCAAAGCUAUUGAGACAGAUGCCAAAAUGAGCCUUUUUGGAGAGAGUAGUUUACCUGGAGAUUUGUUUACUAUUAUUAAAACCAGGCCUGGAAGUACCAAUAAAGGAAACAAAGUCUCUGCAGGUCAGAGAUUGCGGCUGGAGAGUAUCGAUGAAGGAAUUGUUCAUGAUGGUGCAGAGGAAGAUAGUGCUUGAAAGGUUUGAAACACAACCUUAAGCCUCAGCCAGCUAACAUGGUGAAAUAAACGUUAGUGGUUGUAACUAUGCUUUCAUUUAUUUGUAUUGUUAUUUCAAUAUUCUUAAAAAAAAUUGGAGAGGAACUUAAGUGGUAGAAAGAUUAAAAUUUGACAGAAGCCAAAGAAAUGACUUUAUAGAUUUGACAUUCAUGUACAUUCAAACAUACCCAUUUCUACAGUUUGGUUUAACAUAUAGAAUUCAUUUCUUCAAAAGAGAUUUUUAAAGAGGAAGAAUGUUGGGAUUUACUAAUCCCAAAAAGCAGAAAACCACUGAAGAUUUAUUCCUUACUUCUAGCCAUAGCUACUCGUGUUUAAUAACACCAGUGACAGUGACAAGAUUAAGAUGCAAUAAAAAAUAUUGGGCUGUAAUUUUUUUUUAAAAAAUGACAGUAUCUGAACUUUCAGCUACACAAUUGGCUAGAAAGGGAAAGUUCUGAAUCAGCAAACUUGUUGCUGUUUUGUGUUUCUAAAUCACCUUGUUAGAUGUUCAUUUCCUGUUGGUAAUGUCUUGAUUAUUAGUUUUUUUUUAAAAGAAAAGGUUUUGGAUGCCCAUGGAAAGUUUAGAACCAAUAGGAAUGGAGCAGAAGCCAAACCAUGAAAUAGCUGACUGGUAAGAAUUACACCAUUCAAAUUAUAGUAAAUGUGCCCUUGUACUUUUGCAGUUGCUCACAGGAGACUUUACUUGUUUCCAAGUUGUGAUAUUCAAUUCUUUAUGUCUUAGACAAUUAAAUGAUAUGGGUUAUGUGCUUCAAACUAAAAUAUAUUGAAAAAUUUAAUCAGUUAAAACAGUUGGCAGAUGUUAUUACCAUUUUUGUAUUAAAAUA